UCGUAGAUACGUAGUACAGUGUAGUCUAGACCAAGCAAGGUCAAUUGCAGUAGCCAAGCUAUCGUGCAAGGUCUAACCGUUCUUGCAGAACUAGCGGUCAACGGUACCGGUACGGAAUCCUUCAUCAAUGAAGAGAAGCUACCCACCUUUUUUCUGGGCGUAACAGUUGCAAAGAAACAAGCACAAUUUUCAGAAACCUCCUAAUUUAUGCAAUGCCAUCCGUUUCUAGCUAGCUAGCCUAGUACCAGUAGAGAAACCGGGAGUCGCCUCUUUCAGUAGAAGCUUAUUAGAUCUCACGCACGGGCACCCAUCCAUGGUUAGCUAGAAAUCUCUGCUUGCACCAGCAUCAGAGCUAGCUAGUACCGGUAGAUCUGCGCCGAUUGUGGCUUCUAGAGCUAUUAAUAGUACUCUAGAGUACUGGUAUCGGAGCCCCCCCCCAAAGCUGUUAACGGUAACGGCAGGAUUCAUAUGAAGGUAGCUGGCUGCAUUGUGAUGGCUGAAUUCUUCUCAGAUCGAUCUUUUCCCAACCUAUCUCCUUGCCUUUCGGAAGUUGUAACAGAAGGUACCGGUACCUGGCAAAAUCUGCAUUGUACCUCAUCAGAAUUUUUUCCCCACUGGGCCUGACACUUUACGAGUACAUCCUGGAAGAGAGAUUGAGUUUCCCACCUCACCAGCUACAAUACAAUGUACGGCUCUGUCGCUCGCUCGUCUGCUGCCAUGGGAACUGAUCCGCUGUUGCCUUCGCGGGAACCCUCCACUGCUGAAUCUCGACGUCUCCGAAAACGAACUUCUCGCAAACUAGUACCUUCUGGCCGUGGUGUUUCUCGUCGACAACUACUAGCAAUGCAGCAGAGUGAGCAGGAAGUGAAACCCGUCAUGAAGAGCUUGUUCCGGCGAAGCAGCACGAGAAGCAAAAACAAACCCCAUGCAGCCCCGAGAAUUUCAGCAGUGGGAAUGGACAUUGAGACCCUCCAUGACGAAGUCACCCCUGCGAAUGCCAUGACACCCUUGAAGGAGGCGGCUCCUACCGGUAAGGAGAAGCAGACCUCCAAAGACCAGGUGACAGCCACCAUGGCCGCCAAUCCUCCAUCCAAAAAAGCCAAUGGCAACAAGAAGAAAAAUCAUAAGCACUCGUGGCUCUAUGUGUUACUUCAUCCCAGCUCGACGCAUCCUCAUGCAAUUUUGUACAAGAACUUUAUUUCCUUCAUUAUUGUUGUAGAUGUUGCGUUCUUUGCAGCAUCGACUGAAGAAAAAUGGAAUCUUGCAUACCCCGAACUUUUUUACACUGAAGAGGGGCUCGCCUCCGCCAUCUUUAUGAUUGAAUAUCUAUGUCGUCUUGCCGUGGCCCCGGAAAGCCACAAAUACGCUAAUCAAUCCCCAUGGCAGGCCCGAUUCCAUUACGUGCGCACUGUACCUGCACUGAUGGAUGCAGCCGCUGCAUUCCCCUUCUUUUUGGAGUUGCCCACUGGAUUUUCUUUGCCCAAUUUGACCUGGAUUCGAUUCUUCCGACUUGUCCGGAUCCUUCGAACCGAAUCCUAUGCUCGCAGUAUGGAUGCUGUAUGGAGAGUCAUCUACUACAAUAGCGAGAUCCUCUCUGUGGCCCUCUACAUUUGCAUUCUACUGGUACUGAUCACCUCGAUUCUCAUGUACUAUUUGCGACCCCAAGAUCCCCACGACGCCGAAGACUUUUCCUCCAUCAUGGCCACCAUGUAUUUGAGUGUUUUGAUGCUGACAGGGCAAGGACAACCAGAAGGGGACUUGCCCUGGUAUACGAAGAUGGUCGUACUCACUACGGGAUUCUUUUCCGUGGCCAUGUUUGCCAUCCCAGCAUCUAUGUUGACAUGGGGCUUUGAAGCUGAGGCAGAAAGGUGCGCUCGCAAGGCAAGGCAAAAGUAUGUCGCGCUAUUGCAGCAAGAAACAGGAGGAGACGACCCUGAAAACGACAACCAUUCCUAUUCACACUAUAUCAGUAGUUCCUCGUCCGAUGAUGGCGACACUACAGAUGAAGAGUAUCUGGAUAUUAUCGCGGGUGGGGAAGAGGACGGGGAUGGAAACGGCGAGCCCCGUGAGGACGUUGUCAAGCAACUCAUUCGGACCUUUCAGACUUGUGAUACCGACGCGUCUGGCUCCCUGUCUAUGGAUGAAUUCCUUGCGCUCAUGACCGACACGUCGGCAGUAUCUCACCACUUGACCAUGGUCGGGAUGGCCACGUCCAUGGGACUAAUGGCUAAGCGAGUGCACCAUCUCGAAGCAGAAUUGGAAAAGAGUCACCAAAAGUUGGACCAGAUCUUGCAGAGUGUGCAGCAGCAUCAAAAGCAUGCAUACUAGCUAGUAGAAGCCAGGCGAUGAUGCUGCUGUUAGGCUUGCAAACUGCCGGAGCUAUGCAUCGCUAGUUGAGCAGUGGCCAGUCACCAGCAGGGGCACCAUUCAUCACAGCUUGUUUUGGGAGCUGGGAGCAAAUUGGAACCAAAGCUAGCUUGCAGUGCUACUACUGCAUGUACUAGCUAGCUAACGUAAAUAGAUUUGAUUGGUAGCUUUCAAAAGGCCGCAUCAUCAAACAACAUCGACAAUUUUUGGCUCAUUGGCAGCUCGACACAGAGAUUGGUUCCAAUAUCGUUAUCUCUUUGUUGCAGGAUGAUGAAGGCUGCGGGCUGGAGCGAAGAGGUGGAUCUUUGGAUCUUUCUACUAUGAUAUGCAUAGCUUUUGGUCGGGUCAGGGGCAG